CCCAGCCCGGCCUGUCUGGUUGUCAUGAGAGCGGUGGCCGCGGGCCUGGCGCUGGGCGCAGGCGGCCGGGGCUGCUCCUCGGCGGCCACCGCCGCUACGGCUCGGAGGUGCGGGCCGGCCCGGGGCGGUGGAGGAGGUGCCGCCUGAGCUCCGGAAGGCGCUGCUGAGGGGCGGCGGAGGGCCCUCGGGGCCGUGCGGGCGCCGAGGUCCGGGCGGGCCUUGCGUCCUGACAGCAGCCCGGCGCCCAGGAUGCCGCACAAGAUUGGCUUCGUCGUCGUCAGCUCCUCUGGACACGAGAACGGCUUCAGUGCCCGGGAACUCAUGGUCCACGCACCCACCGUCAGCGGGUGGAGGUCACCCAGAUUCUGUCAGUUUCCACAAGAGAUCGUCCUUCAGAUGGUGGAGAGGUGCCGGGUACGGAAGCUGCAGCUGCUCGCCCACCAGUACAUGAUCCCCAGCAAAGUGGAGUUCUACGUCAGCGAGAGCCUGCCCGAGUACUUGGCGCCCUAUCAGGCGGAGCGCUUUCGAAGGCUCGGCUACGUCUCUCUCUGUGACAACGAGAAGACAGGCUGCAGAGCCCGGGAGCUGAAGUCCGUCUACGUGGAUGCGGUGGGACAGUUUCUCAAGCUGACUUUUCACGAAAACCACAUCAACAAAUACAACAUAUAUAAUCAGGUUGCUUUGGUUGCAGUAAACAUCAUUGGAGACCCUGCAGAGUUUGGUGAUGAAAGCAAUAUUACCUCCAGAGAGAAGCUGAUUGAUCAUUAUCUGGGUCACAACACCGAGGACCCAGCCCUGGAAGGAACUUGUACGGGGAAAUCCGACUAUAUUUCUCCACUAGAUGACUUAGCUUUCGAUAUGUACCAAGAUCCCGAAGUUGCCCAGAUUAUACGCAAACUAGAUGAAAGAAAACGCGAAGCUGUCCAAAAGGAACGUUACGACUAUGCCAAGAAGCUAAAACAAGCUAUUGCUGAUUUGCAAAAGGUGGGCGAGCGCCUGGGGCGCUACGAGGUGGAGAAGCGCUGCGCGGUGGAGAAGGAGGACUACGACCGCGCCAAGGAGAAGAAGCAGCAGAUGGAGCGCUUCCGCGGCCAGGUGUACGAGCAGCUGCGGCUGCACAGCCUGGUGGACGCCGAGCUGAUGCGAAGGCCUCCCGCCCCGCCCCUGCAGCCCCUGGCGCGCUCCGGCAGUCCCCGCCACCAGCAGCCAGUGCUCCCUGAACCGCAAGAGGACAGAGCGCCGGAAAGCCGGCGGGCAGAGCCCUUCCUCCAGGAAAAGCCUCCGGCACAACCCCUGGGCCCCCAGCCCGCUGCAGUGGACCAGCCACCACCCGCCGCGAACCCUCACCUCAGGACCCACCCACAGGCCGUGCCCUAUGAUGAGCGGCCCCUUCCUGCUGCCCGGAAGCAGCCUGCGGCAGCCCUGGAGCCAGAGAAGGGUGACUCGGAUGGCAACGAGCCUCCCGGAGGAGGUGCUCCCGGGGAGCCGGAGCCCUUGACAGAGAAGGCGUUGAGAGAGGCCGGCCCUGCCGUGGACGUGCUCGGAGAAGCCCUGGUCGCCGGGGCCUAUUCCAAGACGUGGUCGUGCCGGGAGGAUGCGCUGCUCGCGCUGUGUAAGCAGCUGACGCAGAUGCCUGCCGGGACCCCCAGGGAGGAGCUGAAGAGCGUCCUGCGAGCAUCCAUCUUCCUCGUCAGGAGAGCCAUCAGAGACCUCGUGACCCCGGUCUUCCAGGCUUCUCUGAGGUUGUUGAAAAUGAUAAUUACGCAGUAUAUUCCCAAACACAAACUGAGUAAGCUUGAAACUGCCCACUGUGUGGAGCGAACGCUUCCCGUUCUGCUCACCAGGACGGGAGACUCCUCUGCUCGCCUGCGGGUCACGGCUUCCAAUUUCAUUCAGGAAAUGGCCUUGUUUAAGGAGGUUAGGUGUCUGCAGAUUAUCCCCCAUUACUUGGUCCAGCCAUUAAAAGCCAACUCUUCGGCUCACCUGGCAGUGAGUCAGAUGGACCUCCUGGCCCGGCUCCUGAAGGACCUGGGCACCGGGAGCACGGGUUUCACCAUCGAUAACGUGAUGGAGUUUUCAGUGAGUGCCCUGGAGCACAGAGUGUAUGAGGUUCGAGAAACAGCGGUUAGAGUAAUUUUGGACAUGUAUAAACAGCACCGGGCUUUCGUUCUAGAAUACCUCCCUCCAGACGACAACACCACGCGCAAGAACGUUCUCUAUAAAACAAUUUUUGAGGGAUUUGCUAAAAUAGACGGCAGACCUACAGAUGCCGAAGUGAAGGCACAGAGAAAAGCGGCUACAGAAGAAGCAGAGAAACAAAAGAAAGAAGAAAUUAAAGUUUUACAAGGGCAGUUGGCGGCGCUCACCGAAAUCCAGGCCGGAGCGCAGCCAAGCAAGGAGACGGCGGGCCCCACGCUGGAGGACAGUCAGGACACACGAGAAGGGAAAGCAGUGGCAUGUCCUGCCCCGGAAAUUCCCGCCGCUCACUACCUGGAUAAUUUAUGCAUCUUCUGUGGGGAGCGGAGCGAGUCCUUCACGGAGGAGGGCCUCGACCUGCACUACUGGAAGCAGUGCCUCAUGCUGACCCGAUGCACCUGCUGCAGGCAGGUGGUCGAGGUCUCCAGCCUGACGGAGCACUUGCUGACCGAGUGCGACAAGAAGGGCGGGUUCCGCAGGUGCUACCGCUGCAGCGAGGCCGUCUUAAAGGAAGAGUUGCCCAGACACAUAAAAACAAAGGACUGUAAUCCCGCCAAACCGGAGAAGCUGGCCAACCGGUGUCCUCUGUGCCAUGAGAACUUCUCACCCGGAGAGGAGGCGUGGAAGGCUCACCUCAUGGGCCCCGCCGGCUGCACGAUGAACCUGCGCAAGACGCACGUGCUGCACAAGGCGCCAGCUGUGCCGCCGGCAGGUAAAAGCGCAGCCGUGACCAAAUCAGGGACCUCUGUAUCGAAGGUCGGAAGCAAGAUCCCUACUCCAAAGGGACUGAACAAAAGCUCUGGCAGGACGUACGCAAAGCGGUGACGUGACCCACGCUCUGUCUCCUGUGUCCCCACGAGGGACUGAGCAAGUUUCCUGAUUGUGAACCGUUUCUCCUAAGACCCGUCUUUGGACGUGGCGACCCUGUGCCCCGCCCCAGCUGUCCCUCAGCUCGACGCCCUGCCGCCGUCACCUGUCACGCCCUGUGCGGGGCUGACGCUCCACCUGCGUCCCGAGUGCAGACCAAAGUCCCUGCAGCUUGAAGCAGCCGGGCUCCGGGCCUCCCAGGCCGGCGUCCCCAGGAGAGCAGCCGUCUGUUCGAAGGGAACUGAGCCCCUGGUCCGGGUCGGCGAGCCCGUUCCGCUGUCGCGCGAGCAGAGCGCCCCCCUCGGUGCUUGGAGUCGCCCCGUAAAGGCUUCCCUGCAGACCCCGUGCCUGUGGGCCUCUCACACGUGACGCGCCGGACAGCGGGACCGAGCAGGGAGAGACGGCGGGCGGGCGCGGCUCUCGGGCGCCAGCCCCCCCCAGGCGCCAUCCGGCCUGCGGCACCCCCCCGGGUGCCUCCCCUGUGUGCGGAGCCCUCCCCUCCCGCUGUCGUGAGAAGGAAAGAUGGGCCUGCAGUCACCGAGCGUGGGUCCCCCCGUGGCCCUUGCCCCGCUAGUGCCCGUGCUGGGCCCCGCCCGCCCCAGGGAGCCCAGCAGCCACCCCCACGUGGCUCUCCUCCCGGUGCUUCCCGCUCCUUCCACCUGCGGUUCUAGAACAGUUAGGGCCUGACUCUCCACUGGUUGUCCUGCGCCCGCCUGACCCCGCGUCGCUCACAACGGCCGUGUCCUAAAGCCUUGAGCACACAUGGCGGUGCCCUUGGCUCUGGUGGGAAGCGGCCCUGCUGGACUCGCUUGACCUUCAGCGUCGGCCAGCAGGCCCGGGCGGCUGCUUUGUGCUGUCCUGCCCCUCACGGGUCUGCAGAGUGGAGGGGAGCCUGAGGUUCAUUUUUCUCAAAGACGUCCCAUGACGCUUAAAACCCCAACGUCACUUAAAAUGAAGAGACCAGCCCCCCAAAUCCGGUCUCCUGACCAGCUGCUGACCAGCCCGCCCGUCCCGUGAACCGGCUCCCGUGCUUCAUGUCCAGGCAGCCACGGGGCGCAGCCAGGCCGUGUUUGGAAUCUGCUGCGGCCCCCGUGCCCCUGUGCGGGCCUGCGUUCCUGCCGCCGGACCCCCCCAGAGACCCAGGGAGACCCUGACCUCCCGAGUGGUAGACAUGCAGGCCUUCAGGAGCCACUGAGAAAUGCGUGGCGUUGCUACCACGUAAUUAGCAGACACGUACGUUAAUUCCCCGCCACGUGAAACACAUAGGUUUCAGAAAACCCCUAAUCGCUGUUUGAACAGCGCCCCCUGAGUACGUCAGUGACCAGGAAUUUGCACUAACCACUCUCCAUUCUGGGUAAACUAAUUCUUUCUCGUAUGGUUGACUCAAAAUACAGCAAGAAUGAGACUAAGAAUUACCUUUACAAAAAAUAACUCAAUUAAAAAAAUAAAAAGUGAUGGGGAGAAAUAACAUAAACCUUCACUAGGCGGAGCAGAGCGCAGACGCCGAGGGAAUUGUAACGUGACCCCUCCUGGCUUCACAGACCGUGGUCACGACCUGGUCCCUCGCACAGGUGACCACCCGUCACCCGGGCCGUGAUGAGAAACGCUAAUCAAGGAGUCCUUGUCUUCCCUCUAAUCAACACUUUCAAGAAAUGUAUCUGUCAUAUUUUCCAGAUAUUGUAACUGUAAAAAGAUUUGUAAAAAUAUUUCACUUUAGUGAUUGACAAAAUCAGGUGCAUUUAAGACUGGUUAGUCUCCUGGUUACAGAAGGAGCGUGCGUUUCUGCCGAAGUGAUUCCCGGCGGGGAUUGGCGGCCGUGAGCAGCUUUACAGAGUCAUAUGCUCUUGAGGAACCGAAGAUACAGGACAAGCAAUUCUGAAAGAACUAUAGGAUCCCUUGGCCAUUUAUAAAUAAAUCUGUAAAUUUGGAACACGAAUUAAUAAUUGAAUUUUCACUCAUAAAUAUGUUGUGGAUAUUUAACUAUUUAUUUCUCUUAUUUUCAUAUUUCAAAAUACUUUAUCUAAUUUAAAAGAAAUGUGUCUAUAAAUUUGGCGUCAGAAUACACAUGUAAAUACCUUUAAUGAAAAUUUGCAACUUUUUAAUGUUUUAAUGUAGUUUUCUAUUUGUCUUUAUUUCAGAUACCAGAAUUGUAUCUAACCAAUAUAUUUUUCUUGUUAUUUCAGGGCCUAGGGGUCAAUUCACUCUGAGCAUAUUAACAUAAUAAAAAGAUCACUAAA